CUACUCUCCAACAGAAAUAUUCUCCCCUUCCCUUCCGCAGAGUCCCUUCCUCUUCUCAAAUCCCUCUCUCUCUCUCUCUCUCUCUCUCUCUCUAUAGCUCCUUAGAUACAUACAGAGGAAAACGUAUCGUAUCGUUUAGAAUAGAUCACAUUUUACGCAUAUCGCUUUAGCGCUUGCUCUCGCUCUCGCUCUCUGUGUGAAAAUGACGGACACAACGGACGACAUAGCAGAGGAAAUCUCCUUCCAGAGCUUCGAAGAUGACUGUAGGCUACUCGGUAGCCUCCUUAAGGAAGUUCUCCUCAGGGAAGCCGGCCCCCAAUUCAUGGAUAAACUCGAGCGUAAUCGGGUCCUUGCUCAGGGUGCGUGUAACAUGAGGCUGGCAGGGAUAGAGGACGCGGCAGAGGUGCUUGAAAAGCAACUUGCAUCAGAAAUGUCCAAAAUGACAUUGGAGGAGGCCCUGACGCUUGCUCGAGCAUUCAGUCAUUAUCUCAAUUUGAUGGGUAUUGCUGAGACACAUCAUAGAGUACGUAAGACGCGAAAUGUGGCACAUCUAUCAAAAUCAUGUGAUGACAUUUUCAGCCAGCUGAUCCAAGGUGGAGUUUCUCCAGAGAAGCUCUACGAUACUGUCUGCAACCAGGAGGUUGAGAUUGUUCUGACUGCACAUCCCACACAAAUCAAUAGACGUACCUUGCAGUACAAACACAUUAGAGUUGCACAUCUCUUGGAGUUUAAUGAUCGAACUGAUCUUGGCCAUGAAGAUCGAGAUAUGCUGAUAGAAGAUCUGGUGAGAGAGAUAACGUCAAUAUGGCAAACAGAUGAAUUAAGACGCCACAAGCCUACACCAGUAGAUGAAGCUAAGGCCGGCUUACACAUUGUGGAGCAGUCCCUGUGGAAAGCUAUACCUCACUAUUUACGUCGUGUCAGUAGUGCUCUGAAGAAGCAUACUGGGAGGCCACUUCCCUUGACUUGCACGCCGAUUAAAUUUGGAGCUUGGAUGGGAGGUGACAGAGAUGGAAAUCCAAAUGUCACAGCAAAGGUUACGAAAGAUGUCUCUCUUCUAUCCAGGUGGAUGGCUAUUGAUCUCUACAUCAGGGAACUUGAUAACCUCAGAUUUGAACUUUCAAUGAACUCCUGCAAUGAUAGAUUGUCCAGACUCGCUCAUGAAAUUCUUGAAAGAGAAACAUCUGCUGAGGAUCGACAUGAGAAUUGGAACAAGCCCCAAAACUGGAGUCAUUUGACGCAUCAAGGCCAACAAGUGCCUUCCCUUCCAACACAGCUUCCAGCUGGUGCUGGACUUCCCUCUUGCACAGAGUGCCACGAUGGGGACUCUCAAUUUCCUAGACUUGAACUACCGGGGAGAAAUCACAUGCUGUUAAAUCAACAGGAUGGCCGGGGUUUUUCUGGAUCAGAUUCUUCGUCCAAUGAUUCAAAUCACACCCUACAGAAAAAGCUUUCAGAUGGGAACCUAUCCAAUUUAAAUAAUCAUCCUGCUGCGACCCCACGUUCUGCUUCUUUCAGCUCUAAUCAACUCCUUGCUCAGAGGAAACUAUUUGCUAACUCUCAGAUAGGAAGGAGCAGCUUCCAGAAACUUCUAGAGCCAAGCCUGAUUCAACGACCUACAGUUGCCCCUUACAGAAUUGUUCUUGGGCACGUGAAAGACACGCUUGUGAAGACAAGGAAGCGGCUAGAGCUUCUCCUUGAAGACCUUCCUUGUGAAUACGAUCCUUGGGAUCACUACGAAACAUCAGAUGAACUUUUGGAACCACUACUUCUCUGUUAUGAAUCUCUGCAAUCAUGUGGAUCCGGAGUGCUAGCUGAUGGUCGGCUUGCUGACUUAAUCCGGCGAGUGGCUACAUUUGGGAUGAAUUUAAUGAAGCUUGACUUGCGUCAGGAAUCUGGUAGGCACUCUGAGACACUUGACGCAAUUACGACAUAUUUGGAUAUGGGUACGUAUAGUGAGUGGGAUGAAGAUAAAAGACUGGAGUUCCUAACAAGAGAGCUUAAAGGGAAGCGGCCUCUAGUUCCUCUCACUAUAGAGGUUCCUCCUGAUGUUAAAGAAGUCUUGGACACCUUUCGCGUUGCUGCUGAGUUGGGAAGUGACUCACUAGGAGCAUAUGUGAUUUCUAUGGCUUCUAAUGCCAGUGAUGUCCUUGCUGUGGAGCUUCUGCAGAAAGAUGCUCGCCUUGCUGUUUCUGGAGAGAUAGGCAGACCAUGCCCUGGCGGGACGCUACGAGUGGUUCCUCUGUUUGAAACUGUAAAGGACUUGAGAGAAGCUGGAGCAGUGAUCAGGAAAUUACUGUCGAUUGAUUGGUACCGGGAACAUAUAAUUAAGAACCAUAACGGACAUCAAGAGGUGAUGGUUGGGUAUUCUGAUUCUGGAAAAGAUGCUGGCCGCUUUGCUGCUGCCUGGGAACUUUAUAAAGCUCAAGAGGAUGUUGUAGCUGCAUGCAAUGAGUAUGGCAUCAAAGUUACAUUGUUUCACGGGCGUGGAGGAAGUAUUGGUCGUGGUGGAGGGCCCACCUAUCUUGCCAUUCAAUCCCAACCACCUGGUUCGGUAAUGGGUACCCUUCGUUCAACUGAACAGGGAGAAAUGGUACAGGCAAAGUUUGGUCUACCGCAAACUGCCGUCCGACAGCUAGAAAUCUACACAACUGCUGUGCUUCUUGCAACCCUCCGCCCUCCUCUCCCGCCUAGGGAGGAAAAAUGGCGUAAUCUCAUGGAGGAGAUCUCAAAAAUAAGCUGCCAGAGUUACCGAAGCACGGUCUAUGAAAACCAAGAAUUCCUCGCUUAUUUCCACGAAGCCACGCCACAAGCAGAAUUGGGCUUCCUCAACAUUGGAAGCCGCCCCACAAGACGAAAGAGCUCGGGAGGGAUUGGACACCUUCGCGCAAUUCCAUGGGUAUUCGCGUGGACCCAAACAAGAUUUGUCCUUCCUGCUUGGCAUGGAGUGGGAGCAGGACUAAAGGGUGUUUGCGAAAAGGGACAUACCGAAGAAAUCAAAGCAAUGUACAAAGAAUGGCCGUUUUUCCAGUGUACCAUAGACCUUAUAGAGAUGGUUUUAGGGAAAGCGGAUAUCAACAUAGCCAAACAUUACGAUGAGGUUCUUGUGUCAGAGUGUAGGAGAGAACUUGGUGAUGGACUGAGGAAAGAGCUUCUGACGACGGAGAAGUAUGUGUUGGUUGUUACUGGGCAUGACAAGUUGUCGGAGAAUAAUAAGAGUUUGCAGAGGUUGAUUGAGAGCCGGCUUCCUUAUCUAAACCCUAUAAACAUGUUGCAAGUGGAGAUACUAAGGAGAUUGAGGCGCGACGACGAUAAUCUUAAGCUUAGGGAUGCUUUGCUUAUUACUAUAAAUGGGAUUGCUGCUGGUAUGAGGAACACAGGUUGAGUAUUGCAAACCCUUUCAAGGAACAAGUCUUCCACCAAAAAUGGUGUUUCUUUUUUCUUUUUCUUUUUUUUCCCCUGAGGACUUUAUCAUUGUAUUAGUCCUUCUUUGGUGGUCUGUCUUAUACCUAUGCAUAGGUUAUGCCGGAAUUUUUAAGGAUAGUAAUAGUUUGGGAAAUUUUGGUAACUGCAAGUCUGCAAUGGUUAUCAGAUGUCUUGCUUUAAGUAUUAUACCUGUUGGUCCAAACUAUGUUUGAAUUCUCAAAGCAGGAAGAAUGAAAGCGAAAAUGACACAAGUUGUUGAUGGUACUGUUAA